CUCUCCCAUAAUGAGCUCAAGGCCCUGAUAUAUUAUUUAUAGGUCUUCAGGAUAUUUGUGUUGCACUUGGCAGCUACGGCAUAGGCACCCACAGCUGCCCUACGUCGUCCACUGGAAUUUAAAGCUGGUCUCAACAAUCAACGUGGCUUGUUUCCAACUCUCAUCAUUACAGGAGGCCAAUACUGGCUUAGUUGCAGAACAGCCCACCCGACAGAUACGGCUCAACUCCCAGCGCUAGAGGCUGCCGACCCGUUCGCGUAUCAGUUCGCUAUAUAAGUGUUCGGUCACCGACGCUGCCACAAUGACAAGACAGAACGACAUUCCUUCCAGCGUUCCCUCUUUAAAGAUGACGUCUUUCGACACAUAUAAUGCCAAAACCACGAGUAUCUCGUAUCCUUGGCCCGCAGGCGUCACCGGUGUCGAGCGCAUCGCGCUCUCUGCACAUGGAGACCUCCAACGUGUCCUGAGCGCCUUCUUCUCGCGCCCCAUCGUAAUUGCCCUCGUCUACUCGCACACCCUCCACCAAACUUCCCCCAAUUCGUCUCCCGAGCCUCUCACACUGCCAAACCCCCAAGUAAUUGCUUCCGCUUCAGCGACGUCCCCAAUCACCCAGACGCGUCAGGUCCACCUCCAAUGCGGCGGCAAGAUAGCCUGCACAGCGACCUCCAUCGUCCGCAUCACUUCGCCUGAUAUCGCGCACCUCUUCUUGGAAGAAAAGUACGCUAUCGGGCAGAUGUUCAGGCGUCUAGAGAAGGUGCCGGCAUUCGAGCUGCUCUCCGUUGGUAUCGGACCUGUGAAGAGCAGUGAUAAGGAACAUGCGCAUCUUGCACCACGCUCUUCAACUCAGGAGCGCAACCAGCUCUGGAGGAAGUACAAGCUCGUGAUACCGGAUUUCGAGUGCGAGAUUCUGGAGGUGUUCCCCUGUAGGGCCAUGUUCACCGAUAGUGAAGCGUGGCUCAAGGGUGAGCCUAUGCAAGAUCCACCAGCGGCAAUCAAGGAUGGAGAGAUUAGCUUUACAAUUCGGCUGUCGAGGCUGCAGCAUGGCUUUCUACUCAUCUUUGUUCUAACUGCUCUUUUCGUUGCAGGAAUUGAAGGCAUGUUGUUGUACCUCGGCAGGCCUGUGAACUGUAGACGAGCGUUAGCGUAG